AUGAACAGUUUUACAAGCCUCUUUGCUGGAUGCAUCAUUUUCUGCACAUUGGGUUUCAUGUCUGAGACCUCAGGAAUUCCGAUUGAGGAUGUGGCUGAGUCCGGUCCAGGUCUGGCAUUCGUCGCAUAUCCAAAAGCUCUCUCCACAAUGCCGUUGAGUCCCCUUUGGAGCGUCCUAUUCUUCGCCAUGCUGUUUCUCCUCGGUCUAGAUAGUCAGUUUGUAGGAGUUGAAGGACUUGUUUCAAGCGUGGCGGACAUUUUUCCAGGCAUUUUCAAUUCUAGAAGGCCUAGAAUUCUUCUGACGAUCGGUUCAAGCAUAGUCUGCUUCCUUGUUGGUCUUCUCAUGGUCACUAACACGAAAGGAAACGAGACGUCUCAACUACCUCCCACAUUUCCUAUUAGAGGAGCCGGAGGAGACGACAACGACAACGUUCCAGACGACAACCGAAACGAUGUGAUAGCGUUCAAAUUAUUCGUGGAUAACCUCACGAAGAGGUACUUCGACUCGCCCUCGUGGAUUGCGGGUGGUAAUGGACCCCCUUCUGAUGGCUCAAUAACCGAGGCCGACUGUGCCUUUCCAUUUCUCUCCCGAUGGUUCGGCGUGACCUGUGUUGUCGGAAAUUGGAUAUUUGCAAUGGGUAUUCUGGUCAUUAUUGCUAUACCUGUUGUGGCUAUUGUGCUGGCCUACUUUAGACGCCGACUCAGGGAGGCUGAGAAACUCACUAGAAAGCCCUAUGAAGAACUCUGUGCUCUAUUGGCUGAUGUUAAUUUUUCUUCCACCUUGCAGAUUCCCCUCAGCGACAUAGUAAUCAACCGAAGGAUCGGUGACGGUGCCUUCGGCUUGGUGUACGGUGGUGAGGCGAAAUCCGCAGGCAGAUGGGAAGCAGUUGCCGUGAAAAUGAAUACCAAUCGCACCACCUAUGAAGCCAAAGUGGAAUUUCUUUCUGAGGCAAAGUUAAUGCGUGAUCUUCGACACAAGAAUGUUGUCCGUCUGGUCGGUGUCUGUAUGGACAGACCACAGGAUGAAAUCUACCUCAUUAUGGAGCUCAUGCUUCUUGGAGACCUCAAGAAAUACCUUCUAGAGCGACGUCUUACUGCUCAGAGGUAG